AUGCCUAUGCACUUGACUAAAAAGUGGAUACCUUGGAAAGAGCUACCUACUUAUGGUAUAGUUAAUAAAGCUACCCUGUAUGAAGCGGUUGACAAUAAUAAAUGUGGAGCAUGCAUUCCAAGUUUCAAACACUUCGAAAGAGAUGUUGAUCAUUCGAAACCUUCUAGGAAUAUAAUCAGUCAUCAUGAUGAAGAUGUCAUUGAAAAUAAACGAAAGGCUUUUCUUCGAGCUAGAUCUGUUAGACGAAGAAAAUCCAAGAAAUGUAUCGAAACUGGUGCUGAGGAGUUUAUACAAGGUGGAACUUUUCGAAUACCUUUUAGUGAUGAUCAUUAUCAUGAUGAUUUUGUUGAUAAAGGCGCGUUGAUUGAAGAAAAACUGAAAGAUAUACGAGAGGUGGAAGUGCAUUCGAUAAGUCAUGAUCGUGAUGAAUGCUCUUCUAGCUCAAGUAUUUUCAAGAAUUCAAGGCCUGUUGAGUAUUCAGGUUGUUCUUAUGAAGGAAGUGGAAAAUGUUUUAAAUCAUUUAGUUGUAUGUAUGAGAGAAAAAGAGAAUGUUUUGGUGAAACAGAAUAUGAUGGGGCAAGAAAUAAGGGUGUGCAAUGGAAAGAUGAUGAUCAAAAGAAUCUCAUGGAUCUUGGACUUUCUGAGAUUGAAAGGACUAGAAGAUUGGAAAGUUUAAUGGCACGAAGACGAGCACGAAAGAUGUUGAGCCUACAGGUUAGAAGAUCAUUGAUGAAUAUAGGCUGCAAAGAAACAUUUCCUCCAAUAUCUUCAAUUUUAAUUCCAAAACAUAAAGAAUCAACUAAUCAAUUUUCAACUACCCCGGGUUCAGCCCCUUCGAUUAUGGGACCAAAUCGGAAUCCUUUUGACCUUCCAUAUGAUCAACAUGAAGAAAAGCCUAAUGUAAGAGGUGGAAGUUUUAUGCAAGAGUUCAUGUUAGCUCAGGAACAGAAGGAGUUGAUGUUAUCCAGGCAUGGAAGCUUCUGUAUGGGGACUGCAUUUCCAGGGGAUUUGAAUCUUGAUCAGCGCGAAAGGACUCAACGUUCUGAUCUUCCGUCCAGGCAAUGGUUUCCAGAGACAUCUGAAAGUUCCAAAUCAAGACAUCCGUUAGGUAAGGAAGAUAAUGAUAGAGUAGUUGAAGAAGUACCAUCUCAAGCAUCCGAACCGGAGAUGAACGUGGUCUAUAAAGGAGAUCAUAGUAGGGAAGUCCAGGAUGAAAAAGACAGUAGUGAAGUACUGAUAAAGUCAGUACUAGUGGAAGAUAUUAGCAAUAGGGUAAGUUCAUCAUCUUCGUCGGAAGAUGAUGAACCAUUCUAUAAGAUAGACAAAGAUGCAAUCUUGAAGUCUAUUGCUUCUCCUGCUCUAAGGAACUUAUCAGGUGAUCCAUCACCUUCUGGUUUAUCCUUGUUGGAGAACACGAUAGAGGACGAACGUUUAUACUAUCCUAAUCGUCCUAUGCAUCACACUCCCGGCCAGUCUAUUGCUUCUGACAUGCAAGUGGAGGUUUCUGAAAUCGGUUCACCUCCAUUGACAGACGAUGGGAGCUCAUCCGUGGGUGAGGAGAUUUCUAUAGAUGGGGAGAUAGAAAAAGCUAUAACGUCUAGUAGUGAAGACAUGCUGAUGUCUUCAUCUCACCUAGCUAGAGUAGAUGAAAAUGAAUCAAAUUCCAGAGAAGUACGCGAGGUCACUGAACAAGAUAUAGUAGAAUUUGGAUUUUCGAGGUUCCAUAUGUCUGAGAAUAAUGUGCAACAAAAUAUUCCAUCAGAACGAACAAUUGAACCGUAUUCCACUGGUUCAAGCUCAUUUCCACCUCCAAGGACAGACAGGAAUCAAGCUAGCAGUAGUUAUCAACAGCGUAGGCCGGAAGGACUUUCUGUAGUUGGUGAAAGAUUUCAAGAUUCAUUACUACAACCAGAAUUUCCAGCACAACAACUCCCUUUCGCAUCAACGUCACUAGUAUCACCGACAUCUGUUCUACAACCAAAUUUCUUAAUUGAACAUGGAUCCUCUUCGAGUAUUGAUCAGCUACAAAAUGAUAGGUUAGUGAACAUAUCCAGUGAGAGAUCAGAUUCAAUUGCUUCACAGGAAUCAGAUCUUAGUUUAAGCAACUUAACAUUACAAGUUUCUGAAUUACCUUCAGAAACAGAAAAUUCAAUUUCAGCCAAAGAGAACGAUGUCGCUGCACUCGUUCUAGACAGUGCCAGCGAACAACAUAGGGAAACUGUGGCAUUUUCAACUAUUGGACAAGGACAUCACUCAUUUGAAGCCUCUUCUAGUACAUCAUCGUCUAAGUCUGUUUCGCAACCAACAUUUUCCAUUGAUCAAGGAUCUAAUUCAAAUUUGGAGGCUCAACAAGUAGACACACGCAACCUAAAAAAUAAGCUGCCAGAUGAAGUAACUGCUGAAAGUUGUGAUCCAACCACUACUCGGAGCUCAACACUUAAGUUAAGCAAUCCGACAGUGCAAAACUCAGUGCCACAUCCGGAGACACAGAAGUCUGCAGAAAAUUCAAAGUCUCUUCCUAGAAAUGACAUUGAGGAAACACUUCGCGAUAAUGGUGGUAAACAGCCUAUUGAAGAAGUUUUUUCUACAAUUAGCCAGAGUUUUGAUGAUUCACAAGCAUCAUCAUCAUCACCACGUGAUUUGGUGGUUGAACAAGUUUCGAAUGCCUCUACUUCAUCCCCCUAUCCAAAUACUAUGAUUCAACCAAAGUUCUCACCAAGUGAAGGCUCCUCGACUUCUGAAGAACAGAAAAGAAUGCAGGAUCCGAUACCUGGAAUUCCAUCGGAGAGAUCUGUCAAUCAAGACUCAAUCAGCUUACAAUCUACAAUCCGAGAAGUCCCUACAGCCUCGAGUUGUUCAUCAUCACCAAAGUCCGUACUCAAACCAAAGUCCUCAACAGGUCAAGGCCCUCUGUUGAACUUUGACAGGGAGGAACAAACAGGUGAAAGUCCAAGUCCAAGAAUGUCUAGAAUUUUGUUGGUUGAGUCUGCAUCAGACCAACUUCAUCAUGCAGAUGCUAAAACGAAACCAUUCAAUGAUGAAGGGAAGUCUCAUGAAGAAUCACCAAACAAGACCACUAUGGUGUCUUCCAACAACACCAGCAAACAACAAAAGUCAAGUGAUGUUACAAAUUUUUCAUCCACUUCAACUAACAAGAAUGAAAUUUUAGUCACUCCUAUUAGUGCAAGUGAACAAACUUCAGAGAAGGGUAAUUCUGCAGCAUCAAAGGAAACACAUAGUGAAAAAAUAGAUAGUAAAGAAAAGGCUAAAGACUAA